AUGGUCGUCGUCUUCUAUAUUGCAGCUGGGGUACUCCUUCUUCCCUCUACUCUUCCUCAAAAUGUCGAAGAUACCACCCCGAAAACGCUAUGUAAAGGCGGCACAUAUAAUGAGGAAUACAUUCGUGACUACGUUGUCCAACCCAUCAACAAUCAUCGGUAUGCGCUGUUGAGAGGAUCUGAACCAAAUGGACCGUGGAAUGGAACAGCAUAUGGAAAGAAGUUCCCACUACCAAUGACUAUGAAUAGAUUGGAAUACGACUGCAGCCUUGAAGAGAAGGCUUUUGCUCUGUUGGCUGGCUGCUGUUCAAAGGACACUCCUGCCAGUCCGACUGGAACGACAGCCUUAACCUACCGCAUUGAUCUGGACUACGACGAUCCUGAGCUGUUCUUAGCUGUUUGGGGUUGGACUAAUCAGAUCAAUAAGUUUGCGGUCAGUGAUAAUGCGAUUGCCGACAAACGCGUUGUGUUCAAGAACAACGAUCGAGAUUUGUAUGACUAUUUGCACUUAAUGAGAGCCGUCAGCUCUAAAAUUGGAUGCGCGGAUAUAAGUUGCAGUAGAGGAGAUGUGAGGAUAUAUAGGGCAAUCUGCCUUCUCAAUAAGAAUCCUCUCGCGGAUGGUGGUGUCGUCUACAAUGUUGGAUUAGGCGGUUGCGCUAAGGGCGGGACGUGCCAAGAAGGGGUCUGCGAUCAGUUUGGAUUUUGUGAUUUGAGCAAAAAGGCUCGGUAA